AUGACGCGGCGCAUUGCAUUGGCAGCACUGCUUGGGUCAGCCAAUGCGCUUGAUAAUGGAGUUGGGCUUCUUCCUCCAUUGGGGUACAACACUUGGAAUGAUUUGUCAUGCUCGGGAAUGUCUGAGGAGGCCGUCUUGAGUGCUGCAGAUGCCUUGCAAAGCAAAGGAUUGAUGCAGAAAGGGUACACGUAUGUGAACCUGGACGAUUGCUGGCAAGACCCAAAUGGGAGAGAUCCCACAACUGGCCGUUUGAGGGCGGAUCCCAAGCGCUUCCCGUCAGGGAUGCCGAAGCUCGCGCAGCGCUUGCACGACAAAGGCUUCAAAUUUGGCAUCUACACGGAUCGAGGGAAAAGGACCUGCGCGGGGCGAGAAGGCAGCGAAGGCAACGAAUACCUGGAUGCUAAAACCUUCGCCGACUGGGGGGUGGACUACGUGAAGGAGGACAAUUGCUUCAGUUCAUCCGGCGCAAACGACAAAGACACGCUCUUUGAGCAAUUCGCGCUCUUCCGCGACGCCUUGAACAAGACUGGAAGACCCAUCUUUUUUUCGGUAUGUGGCGGAGGCGACCAGCUGCCAUUUGCCAACCUCUCGUACUACGCCCGGGAUCCUCGCGGUGGAAAGUCGUUGGCCAACUCCUGGCGAGUUACCAGCGACGUGACGGGGUCCUUGACCUUCAAGUUUUCCUUGCAUGUGGAUGCUGGCUUGGCAGAGCAGGCCGGACCAGGUGGGUUCAAUGAUCCUGACAUGCUGCUUGGGUCUUCGCCGGGAGCCGCGCGGCGGCUUUCGCGGAAGGGAAGCCGGACACAGUUCAACAUGUGGGCCAUUCUGAUGGCUCCUAUGCUUCUUGGUGCUGACGUACGUCAGCUCUCCACCUUUGAUCUGGAGACCUAUACCAACACGGAGGUUCUUAAGGUUAGCCAAGAUCCGCUGGCCAAGCAAGGUGGUCUUCUAUGUAGUCGAGGCGACGCCUACGUUUGGGGCCGGCAAUUGGUGGAUGGAUGGGCGAUCCUCUUCGUCAGCCAAGCAUGGCUUUUCCGCCAGUCGGUGGUUUGUUCGGCUGAUUGCUGGGAGAAGCUGCCUUUUCCGAGGAACAGUACAGUGCACGUCCAAGACUUGUGGUCUGAGCCGCUUCCCAGUUCAGAAGUUCGAGCAGGGGAGGAGUUUGCUUUGGAGGUUGAAGCAGGGGACAGUCGCUUUCUGAAACUAUCGAUGCCUUCAUCGCAUGUAGACAUCAUUGUUUGA